GAUACUGUUUAGUUCAUGCAGGAAUAACAUGGCUAUUCGUUCCAUAUUGUAUUUUUUAGUCCUUGCAGCACUUCAAGCAAGCACACACAGCCUGAAGUGGGAGAACAUCAAGGUGCUUGAGGGAAAUUCAGCAGUUUUUAAUUGUACAAUGAAUAAAAGUGAAGGAUCAUUUAUUGAAUGGAAAAAUCCAAAGCAGCAACUUCUCUACUUUAACAACAUCAAAGCACUAAAGGAUCGUAGAUACAAAUUAGUUAAUUACUCAACCUCACAGUUAAUCAUCACGCUACACAAUACCACAGUGGAUGAUGACGGCAUGUAUUGCUGCUUAUUUUAUGAUCACAAAAUAGUAAGCAAACAAGUGCACCUCACUGUUUUAGCUCCACCAUCAACCCCUAUACUGAACAUCACGGAACAUUCAUUGAAAAAGAAGGUGGUCAGUUGUAUCACCACCGGAAGUAAGCCAAAGCCUCAAGUAACCUGGCUCCUCAACAAUAGACUGGAGUUGCACGGACACACAAAAUAUAAACUAGAAAAUAAGGGUGCAAAGUUUACAACAAUCAGUAAAUUGAAAAUCAAAGCUCAUAACAAGAAUUUCAGAAUUGACUGUGUGGUUCGACAUGAAGCAUUAAUGAACAGGACUCUUACAGCAACCCUCAGAUUUGAUAACAAUUACAAUUUCAUGGAACCAACUGAAUCGUACACACAAACUGCAAAUGUAAAUGAGACAUCAAUGAAUCUCAGCUCAACGCCAAGCAUGGAGUUACCAUUCACAAAAAUUCAACAAAGCACCUUCCAGAAUAAAGUAUACUCGUUCAUCGCAAAUGACAGCAAUUCCCUCAAUUCAAAUGAAAACAGCACCAAGAGAAAUGAAAGUACUACAUUCAAUUCUACAUUUACCUGGAAUAAAGAAAAUACUUCAUCUAUUGAAAAUGAGAACUCAACUUCCACAAUAAAAUGUCAAAACAAUAAUAUCAUGGAAAACAACGGGAAGUAUGAGAAACAACACAUGAAGAAGAAUGGAGCCCUAUUACUGAUACUUGUGGCUUUCCUGAUUUGUGGUUUGGUCAUCAUCUUCCAAUUAUUCGUGCUAAAAUUAUGGAAAGAGCAUUUAAAGUGGAGAAAGCAAAAGGAUGAAUCUGACACCACAGGGGAUAGUAACAGAUCAAAUAAGUCAAGUCAUGAAGAAAAUGGUCGAGCAGAAAACAAUAAUCAAGAGUCCAAUCUUCAUAAGCAAUACAUAAUCCAUAUAAAUUCAGAGGAACAAAUAAAACAAUAUUCUAAUGAUAUACCUGAAGAUCAAAUAAAAGAGAGCACGGUUUAA